AUGUCCGGAACCGCAAGUUUAAUUCCUACUUUGCCGGCAAGCGGAGAUUCACAUCAUCGAGGGCUACAUAGUCUAAAAAAUACGCGACGUGGGACCGACAAUGAGCCACUUCUUCGUUUCCGUGAGGCGAAAAAAGUUCUACGAGAUGUUUAUGGAGAACUGAAAGACAAUGUUGCAGAACUGGAAGGUGUAUACAAAGAUAUCAAAGAAAAUGACUUCGUGAGUAUUGAGCAACGAGAAGAGAUCGAAGCAAUACGUGAUUCUAUCAAAACUAUAAUGGAUACAUUCCAAAGAGAUAACAUGAAAGUCGUAUUCUUUGGAAGAACCAGUAACGGAAAGAGUACAACAAUUAAUGCUAUGCUUCAUGAAAAAGUUUUACCGCAAGGAAUGGGCCAUACGACGUGUUGUUUCCUACAGGUUGAAGGAUCAGAAGAGAAUGUCGGUCACCUGCAAUUAGACGAUAAUCCGCAGAAAAUCGACAUGAAGAUGCUAGGAAAAAUCGGACACGCUUUGAGUGAUGAGAAUUCAGAUCUUCCGGCUAUGGGGCAGGAUUCUCUUUUGCGAGUUUUUCAUCCCAAACAAACAGAAAAUGGAGAAUGUCGUCUUCUUCAAAACGACGUCGUCAUACUGGACAGUCCUGGUGUUGAUCUUUCUCCCGAGUUCGAUAGUUGGAUUGAUAAACAUUGCUUAGAUGCUGAUGUCUUUGUUCUCGUCUCCAAUGCUGAAUCUACGUUGACACAAGCAGAGAAAAACUUUUUCCUUCGAGUUUCAAAGAAGCUCAGCAAGCCAAAUGUUUUCAUUCUCAAUAACAGAUGGGAUGCCAGUGCCGCGGAGACUGAAAAUAUCGAAGACGUUAAGAAGCAACACUUGACAAGAUUCCGACAGUUUUUAGUUGAUGAACUUGAAGUAUGUUCUGAAAGGGAAGUCAAUGACAGAAUUUUCUUUGUAUCAUCAAGAGAAGUGCUCGAAUCCAGACUGAAGGCUAGAGGACUUGUUCAAAAAGCAUACCAGGCAGAAGGACAUGGUACCAGGGCCUUGGAAUUCCAAAAUUUCGAAAGACAUUUUGAGCAAUGUAUUUCCCGUUCGGCUAUUCAUACCAAGUUCGAAGCUCACAAUCGAAGAGCUCACGAAAUGAUUGGAAAAAUGCGCCUCAAUUUGAAUAGUGUCCUUACAUCAGCUGCUGAGCAAAGAAGUAAACUUCAGAACAAUCUAAAUGAAGCAACCAGAACUUUCAAUGAAUGCCGAGUUAACUUCACUCAAUUUGAAAAAGCUUAUAGAGAGCAAACGGAACAAUUAAGAGCUGAAGUACAUUUGAAAGUUUCUGCUGAUUUUUUCGAAGAAAUAGCACGACUUGAUGCAAUUAUCGACCGAUUCGAUCAACCUUUUGAUGGCAGUUCUUCUGGAAUGGCAAAAUACAAACAAGAUUUAGCAAUUUUUGUUGAUAAGUGUUUGAGCAGCGAUCUAGAAGCCCGAUGCACAGGUGGACUCAUGUCACGAAUUUGGAAUCUCGAAAAUGAUAUGUUCCAGUAUGUGACGAAGAUUCUCGCUGAGCCAUAUCAAAACAAACUGGAGGAAGUGUGGCGGUAUCGGGCCCCAUUCAAGUUCAGCAUUUGUGUGGAUGUUCCUGCUCUUGUCAAUGAUUUCCAUGAAGAUCUCGAAUUCCGUUUCACCUUUGGUCUGCAUGCAAUGAUUCGUCGUAUUAUUGCCUAUCGCAGCGGACAACCGGUCACUGCUAUUAAUACAAAUCUUUUAACACCUUUGUCCUUAAAAGCUCAAAGUGAAAAAAAUGUUGUACGAGAUGCAGAUUCAAAUGCUGCUGCCGAGGAGCAAGCAAUGAUGACACAAAUGGUAUUGACAUCGGCAGCGUUUUUAGCAAACGGAAGUCUCGGAGUGCUAGUGAUUGGGGGAAUCGUUUACAAAGCUGUUGGAUGGAGAGUUAUCGCUGUCGGUGGAGCUGCUUAUGCCGGUCUUUACGCCUGGGAACGCAUGCGAUGGAAUUCUAGUGCAAAAGAACAACACUUGAAAGAACAAUUCCGAUCGCACUUGGCAGCUCGUAUGCAGCAAGUCUCCACAGCUCAUACUCAUCAUUGUGAAACUCAAGCAAUUAGAGAAAUGGAUCAAGUUUUCGAUGGUUUGAAAUCGACUGUCGGAGGUGUGCACCGUGAAAUGAAAAACGACUUGGAUGGUCAGAAAACCGAAAUUGAUACUGUAGAUUCAACAAUUCGUACUCUAGGAACUAUCAAGGGAAAAGCAGUAUUCUUGCUCCGUAAUCUCGAGCAGUUCGCUUCUUCAUAUCUUCGUUCCGACUCACCAUCCUCGCCGUAA